AUGAGAAAAAGGAUGAAGAAAAAGAUGAUCCCAAAGGAAUUCCUGAAAGUUUACCGUUUUGAAUCGGUCUGUCCUCCCACCCCCACUCCCGACCGGCCUCAGUCGCCAGUUCUGCGCGUCUCCCGGCGUCUUCUCCUCGCUGUGUGUCCCGGCUCGCUGUGGUCCGCUCCGGCCUCGCCGAAGCUGCGCAGAUCCCGCCCCCGUCAAGUUCAAAAGCAAGCGCGGAGAGGCGCCGGGCCCUUCCCGGGCAGCCCGUCCGACUGGAAAGGCAUUGAAACCGAGAGCGGCCAGAGCGCUGUGUCCCGGGACACGGCCGGCCAGCCCGGAGCUGCGAACCCGCCGCGUGCCGGUAACGCCUGGGGGGCUCCGGGCGGGAUCGCGGUCCAGACAGCCCUCCUGCGCCCCCCUGCGCCCGCGGCGUCCCAGGGGCACCGCGCGGGGAGCCAAGUGGAGUUUGGUCACUUGUGGCCGGCUGGUGGGGCUCGUGCUGGCGCAGGGGACAAUGAAAAGGACAGUGGGGCGAGGGAAGAGCUGAUGACCACUCCAAUCUUGCAGGCCACUGCAGCCCUUUCUCCACAAGCUGAAGCUAGCACAGCACUCAUUGCAGUUGUCAUCACCGUGAUCUUCCUCACACUGCUCUCAGUCGUGGUGUUGAUCUUCUUUUACCUGUACAAGAACAAAGGCAGCUACGUCACCUACGAGCCUGCAGGAGGCGAGCCCAGUGCCAUCCUCCAGAUGGAAAGUGACUCAGCCAAGGAAGAAUAUUUCAUCUAA